UGAAAGUGAAACCUUUGCCAUUUGCAAUUUUUAGUUGGGGAAGAAGUUGGAAGGAGUUGUGGGAUUUGAAUCUAAACCCUAAUUUCCUCUGCUCGACAUUUUUCAACUGAAUCUUGGAUUGGGAUUUUGGACACCUUUUUUCUGGAACAUCGUUUUCUUGAAAUAGAAGAAUCGCAUAUGGAGAGAUCGAGAUCUAAGAGAUACUAUUAUGACCAGGACUAUGAAUCUGAAACCCUACACACGCGGAGCAAACCGCGGUACGGCAACAAUUCACACGGCGGAGGUGGCGGAGGAGGUCACCAUUAUGCCCCUAGUUACCACAGGCGGUCCGCCUCUGGAGGAGGCGGCGGCGGUGGAGGUGGAGGAGGAGGAGGAAGAAAAAUGCAGGACCCUUCCCUGAUGGUGACGACGAGUUACCGGAUUUUGUGCCACGACAUAAAGGCGGGAGGCGUGAUUGGGAAAUCGGGGAGUAUUAUUAAGACGAUUAGGCAGCACACGGGGGCGUUUAUCAAUGUCCACGAGCUGAUGCCGGGGGACGAGGAGAGGAUUAUCGAGAUUUCCGAUACGAGGAGGCGGGACCCGGAGGGGAGGAUGCCUUCCUUCUCGCCUGCGCAGGAGGCGUUGUUUUUGAUACAUGACAGGAUAUUGGAGACUGAGGUGGGAGGAUAUGGGCAUAAUGUGGGCUUUGGGGAGGAUGAAAAUGACGAGUAUGGAAAUCGGGGAGGAGGUGGCGGUGGCGGCAAUGGCAAUAGAGUGGUGACGAGACUGGUGGUUUCGCGCAUGCAUGUGGGGUGUUUGCUGGGAAAAGGGGGGAAGAUAAUUGAGCAAAUGAGGAUUGAGACUAAGACCCAUAUUAGGAUCUUACCCAGAGAUCACACUUUGCCACGCUGUGUUGCAAUGUCGGAGGAGAUUGUUCAGGUAGUUGGUGAUAUGAAUGCUGUGAAGAAUGCUAUAGCAAUUAUUUCAUCUCGCUUGCGAGAGAGCCAACAUCGUGAUAGAAGCCAUUUUCAUAAUCGACUUCAUUCACCUGAGCGUUUCUUCCCUGCUGAUGAUGAUUUCCACACAAACAGUACCCCAAGGAGAUCAUCUGUGGAAGGGCCUAGUUUUGGAUCAAGGUAUUCUGGUGGUCCCAGGGGCAACAACUAUUCCUCACGUUCAUCUGGAUUUGCCAUUGAACCUGGGCCUGCUAAUGUAGCUGACAAUGCUCAAUCCUUCUCUGGUGAGGAUCUUGUGUUCCGCAUAUUUUGCCCUGUUGAUAAGGUUGAUACUGUUCUUGGGGAGUCAGAUGGGAUUUUGGAUUUGCUUCAAAGUGAGAUAGGCGUUAAUGUUGAGGUUUGCGAUCCAGUUGCUGGCUCAAAUGAGCAUAUCAUAAUCAUAUCAUCAGAUGAGGGUCCUGAUGAUGAGUUGUUUCCUGCUCAAGAAGCUUUGUUGCAUAUACAAACCCGUAUUGUUGAUCUUGUUCCUGAAAAAGAAAAUAUUGUUACCACUCGGUUACUUAUGCAAUCAGAUGAAAUUGGCCCUUUACUUGAGCUGGGGAAAAUAGGUGGCGCAAAUGUAGAGAUCCUACCAAAAGAAGAACUUCCUGCAGGGUUAGCAGGGACAGACGAGAUUGUACAGAUAGUUGGGGAGAUCAAAGCCGCUCGAGAGGCUCUGGUGGAGGUGACGUCACGGGUUCGAAGUUACAUAUAUCGAGAGUUUAUUGAAAAGGAUGCACCAGUAGAAAGUGCUACUAUGGAACCGGAGGCAGCUUCUAGGAACAAUGUAAAACCAUCUGUUGAAACCCAGGCUGGAAAUGGUCCUAUGGUUUCAACUCCUGAGAGUUCAUCAACUGCUGCUGCACCACAGAAAGUGAAGGAUGUGGCAUCACCUAAUGUGGAGACAGUGAAACAAAACGAGAGUGAGCGACGUGAAGAUCAGCCCAGUGGAUUGAAUAGAAUCUCUGUGCCACUUGUCACCAGAAGUACACUAGAAGUUGUUAUACCGCCUCAUGCAGCGGCAGAACUCGUAAAAAAAUCAAGAAAGCUUGCUUUGAUCAGUGAGCUAUCAGGAGCAAAUGUGAAACUUAUUGAUGACAGACCAGAGGUAACAGAGAAGAUAAUUCAAAUAUCAGGUACUCCGGAGCAAGCCGAGAGAGCUCAGAGUUUGCUUCAAGGAUUUAUUUUGAGCACCGAAGAAGAUGGCCCAUAGGCGUCAUGAAGUUGACCAUUGCUCCAGACGAAGUUGGGAUGCAGCACAUUAAUUUUUGUCAACAGUCCGUGUAUUCCCGGGUGUGCUUCUCAAGAUUGUUGUGUCGCUACAUUAUUAUGGCAGGCGGGGUCACAGGUAAUUCUGCCAAGGGAUUGCACAUCAACAAGAAUGUACAAAAUGAUACUAGUAGCUCAAAAUGUUUUGGAAUUGAUGUUUCUUGUAUUAAGUAUGUCUGACUGUUAUGCAUAUCCCCCCCCCAAAAUCUUCCGUUCAGUCGUCGUGGGUUCCAUGAUAUGUACUUUACAAUUCUCAGUUAAAUUUGACAGGAGAAGCCAUCUCUGGUUGUUUGUACAUGUGUUGAUGUAUUAACCUUAUUGCAAAUUUUGGUAUGAAUUUAUGCAAGUUAUAUAACCAUAA